CCGCCUCCCCUUAAUCCCCUCCCCCGCCGCACCUCAACAACUCUUGCCAGCAUCUUUCUUCUUUUGGGCUUCCUGCCUCUCACAAUCUGCUAUCCUGCAUCUAUAUUAUCUUCUGACUUGAAAUUAUUAGCUUCAUUUUAUCUUACAUGUUUACUCCUGCUGUCUCUUACAAAAGCCAAGCAGGUAAGUACCUGCGAUGUGUGGUUGGUACAGUUAGUACUUGUAUUACUUUAAUCAAGGUAUCCAGGAUUACUACUACCGCUACUGACGUUCAUUUACCAUCAUUGUUGUUAUUUUUUGGAUAAUCUUACCAAAUAACUUAAAGCUCGCCACUCAUGAUUUUUGAAGAGUUACAUUUUUAAAGCAGCUUUCUUCAUUUAUUGUUGGCGACGUUAAUUAAUGUCAAUGUCGCACUGACUAAAAUAUCUUCUAAUAUAUAUAUAAACAUCUUGUGAUUAAUCACCAAAAUGGAAGAAGAACUAAAAUGCCCCGUGUGUUCGAGGUAUUUCUGCAAUCCAGUCCUGUUGCCGUGUUUCCAUUCUCUGUGUAUGGUGUGUGCUGUACAAAUUCAAGAACUUCUACCACCGUUUGGACAACAGUCUGGGGGAAAUUGUGGAAACAGUAAUAGUAAUAGUACUGUUGGUGUUCUAGAUGAAGCGGGAGCUGUUUCUGUUGGAUCAGAACAAGACCUUCCCGACAUAGACAAGCUUAGUAUUGUCAGCGAAACUGACAGCGGUGUGAUCUGUAACAGUAGACCAAACAGCUACAUAGGAUCUCUUGGGUUUGGAAAUAUAUUUUCCCAAGCUUCAUCCGGAACCCUUUUCAGUAUCCGAUGUCCAGUUUGUAAGAAGAUAAUAUAUUUAGAUGAACAUGGAGUACAGGCUUUACCGAAAAGCAGUAUACUGGAAUCAAUCAUCGAAAAGUUUGGAUGCGGCUCCGAGGAACAAAGUACGGAAGACUCUGAUUUAAUUAAAUGUCAGCUUUGUGAACAAGAUAGCAAUGAUGCAUCAUGUAUGUGCGAACAGUGCGAGGUGUUUUAUUGCGAUUCUUGUCGAGAAAGAUGCCAUCCAUUUAGGGGUCCGCUUGCUAAACAUAAACUUGUGAGCCCUUGUCAAGGCCAAAUGCUUUUAAAGAAAAACAAAACAAAAGAAUCCAAAUGCCAAGAACAUGUUGACGAACAGCUGAGUAUGUUCUGUCAGCUCUGUAAGGUUCCAGUUUGUUAUGUAUGUGCCCAGGAAGGGAGACACAUUAACCACGAUGUCCAAGCACUAGGUGUUAUGUGUAAAACUCAAAAAAAUGAAUUAUCUCAGAAUCUUCAGUCUUUAUCAGAGAAAGCCAAAUCAGGAACAAUAUUUAUUCAGAGAUUAAAAUCAAUGACAGACAGAGUAGAGUGUAACUGUACUGAAUUUCAAAAAAAUGUGAUUGAAAAGUGUGAUGAAUUAAUAGAGUCAAUCAGAGCCCGUCGGCAAUAUUUGUUAGAUACUCUAAAUAAUGAAAAAGAAAUGAAAAUUUUGACACUGAAAGAACAAGUUUCCCAUUGUACCAGCCUUCUACAACGUACCACUGGACUACUUCAGUUUGGUAUUGAAGUCUUAAAAGAAAGUGAUGCCUUCUCUUUUUUACAGAUUUCCAAUGCUUUGAUAAAUCGCGUUUCCACAGCUGAUGAAAAUUUCAACAGAGAAAUUGAAUUAACAGCUCGAGUUUCACCAAAAUUUGAAUUAGGGUUUGACAACGAACACAUCUUACAAUCAAUAGAGAAUAUGGACUUUUAUGAAAUGAAAGCUCCUGGCCAGCCUGUGAUAAUUCCUGAAGAUUGUAGUGCUGAGAAUAACAGUGUCACCAUAGCAUGGCAGCCUCACCCAAGUGGUAUUGUUGAAACUUUUACUUUGGAACUUGAUGAUGGCAACAGUGGAGAUUUUAGGGUUGUGUAUGUUGGACGAGAGACAAUGUGUACUGUUGAUGGUUUGCACUUUAACAGUAUCUACAAUGCAAGAGUGAAAGCUCAUAAUAAUGUUGGUGAAAGCAACUUCAGUGAAAUGGUCAGUUUACAGACUGCUGAAGGAUUUGCAGUUCCAUUUGCUUGCCUUAAUGUCGCUUCAAAUCAGUGGCAUCGUUUUGUUUGAAUUUCAACUUCAAGCAGCUGGCAAAUGGAAUCCUUCACCGAAACAAAUGAAGUACAUUAAUUAAUUUCCUUUGUUUAACAACUAAUUAUUAUAGUUUUCUUCUUUUAGACUUGUUUAGGUUUUAGUAUCAUUUAUAUUUGGUCUUAUCAGUAAAUUAUUAUUCAUUAUACAAACACAAAUAUAGAAACAUGUUAUACAUACAUAUGUGUAUAUAUGUAUAUAAUAUCAUUUCAUUUUGUUGGUUUCAUUGUUUAUAUCUUUUUUUUUCCAUUGAAUUUUCUUACAAAUCUGUUUCCAAUCCUAAAACCGAGUUAUUGCAAUGAAAUAGUAACCCUGUGUGGUAAAUGUUUGUAGGAUAGAGGUAAGUUCCUGGCAAGUUAAAUCCACAACCCAUUUUACUAUCCCCAGACAUAGUCAUUCCACUUGAUAUUACAAGUUCCCUUGGAAAAAAAAAAAGCAUGAAUAUUAUAUAAUUCUAUUUACCUUCCCUACAAAUUUGAAGCCUUGUGCCUAUGUAAAAAUAUUUCAUAACUUCCAAUUGCUUUCAUUGAAAUUCAGAGGGUUUAUAGCUCCAAUACUUCAGACGUGAUUUAAAUGUUACAGGAAAGAAUCGCAAGAUGGAUUCUUCAAGCUGAGCCAACUGGCAGUAGUAGACCUAGGGGUAGACCAAGAAUGAGAAGGCGGUGAGCUGGCAGAAACGUUAGCACCCCGGGCGAAAUACUUAGCGGUAUUUCGUCUGCCGUUAUGUUCUGAGUUCAAAUCGACUCAGGUCGACUUUGUCCUUGUUUGUCCCCUCUAUGUUUAGCUCCUUGUGGGCAAUAAAGAAAUAAGAAUGAGAUAGCUGGAUAAUAUUCAUUGUCUCUGUUGGUCAUGCUUGAGAAUCCAGUUGGAAAUUGUAAUGAUGAUUGCUUCUGAUAGGACCCUAUGGAGGAGGUGCCUGAGGGCUCUACCCCAACAGCCCACCCAGGAAUAGUGGGAGGAGAAAACAUAUGGAACAAUAAUGUAUAUAAUCGUUAAUUUCAUAUAGGAAAGCCAAAUACUUACAGUUAAAUCAUAAUUGCUGUUAAGUAAUUUUUUUACUUUGAUGGUGCAAUAAAACACAUCUGAAAUAGUAGUAUAUCCAUACAUAGUCACACAUAUAUAUAUACACGCCCUUGUAUAAUUUAAUUAACUCCUGUAUUAUAUUGUGAUGAUGAUUAACAAGAUUUUGUUUUACUGCUACUGUUGUGAUAUUUCCUAUACUCACUAAUUACUUUGAGAUGUGAAAUUUGUUUAAAAGUUGACUAAUCACAACUAGUAUUUAUCUAUGAUCAGGUGGGUGACCAACUGGAACAUGUGCAGUUAUAGUAAUGGCAAAAUUUCUUCCUACUCAAAUAUUAUAAUAUCUUCUUAAAACAUUUUUUCCAUGAUACUUGUUAGUAAACUAAUUGCUAAUCUUCAAUACUUUAUCUUCUUAUAAUAAGCUAUUGAAACUAAACAAAUAUAUAUACAUAUAUGUAUAUAUAUUGCUUGGAAUUGUGGUUCUAAACAUUUCGAAAACUCUCACCAUAAGUGCUUCCAUGAAUGGCAACCACAUUGACAGUUUGAUCGGUAGAAGGAAUUACUAGAUGGUUCUGGUGUCUGUUUCUCAAGCCAUUAAUCCUUGCAACCUUCAUCUUAAUCAAGUCUCACUAAUCCCUAUCUCUAAUAUAUAUCUGAGCCUCAGCCAUAUUUAAUAUAAUACUUUCUUAGUGAUGAUGUAUUGGAUUUUCCUGAUCUUUCCUUUGUAACUCCAAUUUCGCAACUUAGGCCCACCAAAUAAAAUCACAGUAACUGCUUCAGUAUGGUGACAUUCGAUUCUCAGCUAUUUUAUUUGUGCCACUAAUGUUGCUUCCCUUGAAAAUAUUGAGUUGUCUGUGGUUGGUUGACACUAUGCAUCAUCAGAGUCACAGACAAUCACCCUUGCAUAUUGUUUGCUGUUUGACUUACUAUAUGAACUUUGGUAAAUCCAGAAUCUGAGAGUACUUUUUUUUAAAUUGGUCUCACUACCUUUAUGAAGUCAAUAAAGACUGAUUAGUCUUGCAAUAUUGUUCAUCUUCUCUUCUAUUAUUUGCUGGUUAACAGUUCCACAAUUUUUUUUCUUCUUUCCUAUUGGUCACAUCUCGUCAACAACUCUAUACUCAAAUACAUUUUCUUCCCUUCCUUAUUUCUUCAUAUGAUAUCAUUAUUGACUGAUACCUUUUUUUUUUUCAUUGCUUUCUGUUUUUCACAUUGGAUGAGAAAAAGGAAGAAACUAAAUAGUGGUAUCAUGCAAGUUCCUUUUCAACAUAUUUGGUAUCUUCUCAUAUAUUUCUUGUUUAUUGAACUGAUAGACCCAUAUACCAAUGGUUUUUAUACAUUAACAAUGUUGGGAAUUUUGUCUGAUAGGGCUUGCAUUUUGUUCAAUUUUCUUGACUCCAGUAAAUGGAAUUUAAGUGAUAUAUAGAAAUACAUAUUAACUCAUGCUAGAGUAAAAACUGCUUAGUCAGUAACCAGAAAGCCCUUAAUGUACCUAAUGUUUACUAAGUAAUCAUUUAAUCAGUUGUUGGCACUCACUCUUCUGAAAUCACAUAUCUUUUACAAAAGAAUUGCUACAGAAUUUCUUUGUUAUGGUGUUAGUGUUAUCAUCUUUUAAAGUUUUCAUUGAUUAGGCUGGCAUUAUUAAUCUAAAGUAACAAAGAGAAGAUGCAAUAAUCAACAGUAAUUAUCUCUAUUUUGUCAGAGUUGAAUUGAAACACAAUGAAUUUUUGUUGUAAAAACUCUAGCAAACUUGAUAAUUCUACUAUUUACCAUUGAAUACAAGUUAAAUAUUAAUACUGAGGUAUUCUUUGUCAUGAAGUAAAAAAAAAAAAAUACCAGUGAGAGUAUAAUCAUUGACAAUAUGCUUCAGGCAUGUUGAAGACACCCAACCAUAAACAAGUGAAGUAACUUGUUGUAAAUAAGAAUAUUUAAAUAAUUGUGUAAAUGACCAUUCUGAAAGUGGUAACAUUCUCCAUUUAUGCUUAAAAUAAAUGAACCAAUUAAAAAUUUUUAAUCCUGUCAUAGUUGGAGAAGUUCCUUCACAAACACUAUAUACAUCCAUAUAUAUGAAAUAUUCAAUGGCACAUGAUUUGGUGGCAUAAAUGCCUUCAGCUGUCUAGUUUGAUAUAUUGUGUUAGAAAAUAAAAUCUUCCAGGGUUAAUAAAUUAAAUCAACUAAUUAAUUAUUCUCCUCCAAAAAAAAAUUGAUUGUACGCUUAUUUAAGAUAAAACAGAUUUUACCUCUUAAAUCCAUUCAUACUUUCAGAAGUUUUCUUAUGGCUGAAUUAUAAGUUUGCUACAACUUGAAUCAUCAUAGUAUCCCAAUUUAUUUCUUUGUAUAAUGUAAUUUUUUGAAGCAAAAUACAUUGGUUUUGUUUUGUUUUUUUUUAAACUCAUUCUUUCGCAUAUUAGAAAAUAUAAAAUGAAAGCAUUUAUCAGAAUUUUGUGCAACAAUAUUAUCUCCGUAAAUCUGAUAUCUACAUAACUCCCUGCAAAAUUGUUUUAAGUUGUUUUUAAUAUGUUCUUUUAUAUUUGAAAAAGGUCAUGGUUUUUCAGUUUUUAAUUUGCUAGGGAAAUAUCUAAAGUCAAAUUGCAUUAUAAAUAUGUUGAGUUGGUGGAGAGCAGAAUUCAAAACUGAACAAAUAUCUGCUGCUGUAAUUGUUUUCUUUCUCUAUGAUUGCUACAGAAAUGAGUUAGACAAAUCAAAUUGUUUUUCAUUAUUUUCAUCAUUUCUUUAGAAUUUUUAAUGUGGUUCACUUGCUUAUGUUUGUUCAUAUUAAGUCAAAGUAAUUUGUCACAAUAUGAAUGUUUAAAACUGAAAUUUUUGUAAAACAUUCUAUUAUUAUUAUUAUUAUUAUUAUUAUUAAGGCGGUGAGCUGGCAAAAUCGUAAGCAUGCCAGGCAAAAAUGCUUAGCAGUAUUUCGUCUGUCUUUACGUUCUAGGUUCAAAUUCCAUCAAGGUCAACUUCGCCUUUCAUCUUUUCAGGGUCGAUUAAAUAAGUACCAGUUACGCACUGAGGUCGAUGUAAUUGACUUAAUCCCUUCCCCCAAAUUUGAGGCUUUGUGCUUCCAGUAGAAAGAAUUAUUAUUAAAACUUGCUCUAUUCAAUAAUUUAUUAUUAUGAAAAGAAAAAAAGAAAUUUGAGUUUAGUAUCUACUGCUGAAUAUUUUUUAGUUUCCAACAUAGUUCUAGAACGAAUUAUGAUAGCACUAAAUAAAAUCAUUUGCAUAUUUUUAUAUACGUUGACGAUGGGAUACCAGCCUCUCUGCUGACUGGAUCUUUGCUCUUACCAAUUGUUUUCCAUAUUGAUUCCUGAAUUUUGUUGAUAUCUGAUUGCAGAUAUUUUUAGACAGUAAAUUAUUUUAUUUCUCAACUUUUUAUCUAUAGUUUCAUAGUUUCCACAUUCUGCAUUUCAUUUUUUUUUUUUUCCCAAUAUUUUUUAAGCAUCUGAUAUAUAAUGAUUCUAUUCAUGGCAUUUACUUUUGUAUAUAUUAAAGAAAGUAAAUAGUUUUUGUUGAGGAAAUCUCAAAAAAAAAGUAAAUAAAUAAUUGUUUUGUACACGGAUGCUGAGCAUUUUAAACAUGACUUCAAUGCACUUUCUUGUUGCAAAUUUCAUGCUGUUAUCCAUUAAUUAUCAUUUGGAAUAAAUAUUGAUGAAAUAUCUUACUACAUUGUUCAGAACGUUGUGACUUCUAAUUCAUGUAAAUUAUUCAAACAAGUUUAAAUAAUGCAGUUACCUUUGAAAUGUUUAUUGUAAAAUAUAUCAUAUCUUUGGCAUUUUAUCUGUAAUAAUAAAAAUGAAUUAUACAAAUUUUUGAAGAA